AUGGAUAAAGUGAAGAAAACUUCUUGGGAGAAAAUCACAACUCUUUUAUCAUAAUUAUAUAGUGUUGAAUUGCAAAUAAAAGAAACACAUUUUACUUUACAAAGCAGUAUUUAUACAUUAGUUUCAUUAUUUCAUUCUUAAUUUAGUUAAUUGAUAGAUAGAAAUGAUAUUAUUGAUUCAAUAUAACAAUUAGAUUUUGAGACUCCUUAAUUAUUUAAUAUGGGCAGGAACUUACAAUCAGAGUUUGCAUUUACUUCAAAUCAUAAGUAUAUUUUAAAAGUUAUAUCUGGAACAUAAUACAGAUAUUUUAAAAACACAUUCCAUUAAUAUUAUUUCAAAAUAAUUGCUAAUAAGAAUUGUUUGUUAGCAAAAACAUUUGGAAUAUAUAAAUUUGAAGAUCGAGAUAAUAUAUCAUAUUUGGUCCUAAUGGAAAAUUUAUUUUAUGAACAUAAAUUAUAAAACAGUUAAAUUAUAAGUAUAUAUGAUUUAAAAGGAGCUUAAAGCAGUAGAAUUACUAAAAAUUUUGAUGAGUAAUUUCAAUAACAACAAUAAUUAUUGUAAAAUAAAGCCCAAACCAUACCUUUAUUAAAAGGAAAAGAUGAAGAUUUUAAAAAAAUAAGAUUCUUUUAAGAUUUCUCUGUUGAAAAGAAAUUAGAUUUAAUGAAUUAAAUUAAAUAAGAAAGUGAUAUUCUUGCAGAAGCCAAUACAAUGGAUUAUUCAUUAAUGAUAAUUACCGGACAUAUUAAUUAAUUUUAAUAAGGUAAGAGACUCUUUAAAUUAAAUAAUAAUGUUGGUACAAUAAUAGGGAUUAUUGAUUAUUAUUAAGAAUAUAAUAGUACUAAAAAACUAGAAAACAAAUUUAAAACAUGGUUUGGAAUGCAUAAACCAGAUUAACAAAUUAGUUGUGUUGAUAGUGAUGCAUAUAGAAAAAGAUUUCAGAUUUAUUUUUAGUAAUUUCUUUAAGAUUGA